UGACUUUAUUCAGUGUCGAGCGGUCGCUGGCGUUGAGCGGCUGCAAAUUUCAAGAUCAGCUUUGAAAUCAACUGAAACUGCCAUGAAGGCGAUCAUCUUUGUCUGCCUUCUUCUGGGAUGGGUGGGCGUGGCCACGCCAAGGCGUCAUCGAGGCCAGCAGACUGACAGACUGCCAGUUACCCUGUACUACGAGGCGUUGUGUCCCUAUUGCAUGGAGUUCGUCACCACCCAACUUGGUCCUUCGAUGGUGCGAAUGAACCGACUGCCGUACACGAAUCUUAAGCUGAUUCCCUAUGGAAAUGCCAGGAGCGACGACUCCGGAAACGUGGUCUGCCAGCACGGGGAGCUGGAAUGCGAGCUGAACGCCUGGCACGCCUGCAUACUGGAGCACCAUGACAUCGGCGAGUCCCUGAAGCUGAUUGCCUGCAUGAUGAGGGGCAAGAAGAACAGGCUGGACAAGUGCGCUGACCGCUAUCAAAUCGAUGUGGGCGAUGUCAAAAGCUGCAGGAAGACGCGCGCGGUGAACGACAUUCUGGAGAAGUACGGCGAGGAAACGGCCAAGGUUUCGUUUCAGGGAGUGCCAGCCAUUGCUUUGGAUAAUGUUUAUGAUGCGGAUAUCUCAGCGAAUUUGACUGACCAUUUCGAUGCCAUAUUUUGCGCCACGUACAAAGAAAAGUUCCAUAAGAAGCUAGACAACUGCCAGUAAAAUCGAAUGUGUUAGCAAAAUAAAUUAACCACAUUCUUAA